AUGACAACACCCCGAGUCUUUCUCGUCCGACAUGGAGAGACGGAAUGGAGCUUGAACGGCCAACAUACAGGCACCACUGAGCUUGAACUCACUGCCAAUGGCGAAAAGCGUGUGUUGGAGACGGGGAAGGCAUUGGUCGGCAACGAUCGAUUGAUCGUACCCAAGAACCUUGCCCACAUCUACGUAUCGCCGCGAAAACGCGCUCAAAGGACGCUCGAGUUGCUUCGGAUCGGCUGCAAGGAGCGAUACCCAUGGAACGAGCAGCGUGAGCAGAGCGACGGCGCGAUUCGGACGCAGGCGGAAGUGGAAAUCACGGAGGAUAUCCGAGAGUGGGACUACGGUGCCUAUGAAGGAUUGACGACCAAGCAGAUCCGCGAGAUGCGGUUGCGGGGAGGGGAGAGCGAGAAUUGGGAUAUCUGGCGAGAUGGGUGCCCAGGCGGCGCGUCUCCCCACCAGAUCACGGAACGGCUGGAUCGACUGAUCAAUGAUCUGCGGUCCAGGUUCCAUGCUAAUGCGAUUGGAAAGCCCAAGGGCAAAGCCGGCCCUUGCGAUGUGUUGAUCGUUGCCCACGGACACAUUCUCAGGGCAUUUGCGGCUCGAUGGGUGAAGCGAGAUGUAGCGACCAAUCCGUCUCUAAUUAUGGAGGCCGGCGGAGUGGGAACCCUGAGUUACGAGCAUCAUAGUAUCGACGAGCCGGCCAUCUUGCUUGGAGGCGGCUUCAUGGUGGACAUCGUCGAGGAGAUAGAGCAGGAGAAGAAUCAGACGAAAGGCUAA